AUGGAGGUUUCGCGCAGUGUUCAACGCCUGCAGAAGACAUUGGAUCAUAUAACAACAACGUCCGCUCCGCUACAAUGGUCAUUCGUCGAAGGACCUCUCGAGCCGGCUAUUCUGGACAUCACCCUCGGUGAUUUACUUACACUACAGGCGCUUCGGUAUGGAGAUUUCGAAUGCCUUGUCUUUCCGUGGACAGGGGCACGAUGGACAUACAGUGACCUGAAGGAGGAAGUGGAUCGUCUCGCUAAAGGUAUGCUCGCGAUGAAUGUGCAUAAGGGCGAUCGCUUGGGUAUCAUGGCAGGCAACUGCGAGCAGUUUAUCUCUGUCUUUUUCGCAGCCGCCCGCGUCGAGGCUAUUCUGGUGGUGUUGAACAACACUUAUACCCCAUCAGAGCUACAAUAUGCUUUGGAACAUACAGACUGUCGUUUCCUCUUCAUUACACCUCAAAUAGGGCGACAUAAUCUCGAGGGAUUCCUGGAACAGGUCGGCUCUAAUCCAAAGCCAAAUAAGACCACGAAAAUUGUCGAGGAGAUCAUAAUUCUCCGUGGCAAAUAUCAGGGCUUCACGACUUACGACGAGGUCCUCGGGCGAGGGCGCUCGCAGCCCCUCCAUACCCUCCAAGAUCGAGAAGCUGAACUACGACCGAGCGACGUAUGCAACUUGCAAUUCACCAGUGGCUCAACCGGAAAUCCGAAAGCUGCGAUGUUGACCCAUCACAACUUGGUUAAUAAUUCGCGCUUCAUCGGCGACCGCAUGAGAUUAUCUUCCUUCGACAUUCUCUGUUGUCCACCGCCACUGUUUCAUUGCUUUGGGCUUGUUCUGGGCAUGCUUGCUGCGGUAAACCACGGCGCCAAAAUUGUCUUUCCCAAUGAGACAUUUGAUCCCCAGGCUGUUCUCAAUGCCAUCUCAAACGAGAAGUGCACUGCUCUGCAUGGAGUACCUACAAUGUUCGAAGCUAUUCUGAGCCUUCCGAAGCCUGCCAACUUUGACACCUCCAACUUACGGACAGGGAUCAUUGCUGGGGCCCCUGUUCCACGACAUUUGAUGAAGCGGCUGUUGGAGGACUUAAACAUGACUGAGUACACAAGCAGCUACGGUCUCACGGAAGCAUCCCCUACGUGCUUCAAUGCGUUCACCACCGAUUCCAUUUACACCCGCAUGACGACAGUGGGCAAGAUUCUCCCACAUGCGCGCGCGAAAAUCGUCGACCGCGACGGGAACAUCGUGCCGAUCGGUCAGCGAGGCGAGCUUUGCAUCUCGGGCUAUCAACUCACAAAAGGCUACUGGAACAAUCCAGAGAAAAUUGCGGAGGCCCUCGUCACCGAUAGCAACGGAAUAACGUGGUUGAAGACCGGAGAUGAAGCUUCCUUCGACGAGAGAGGUUACUGCAGCAUCACUGGUCGAUUCAAAGACAUCAUCAUUCGUGGGGGAGAAAACAUAUACCCGCUGGAAACUGAGGAGCGUCUAGCCGCGCACCCCCACAUUGCACUUGCGUCUGUCAUUGGCAUUCCUGACUCAAAGUACGGAGAAGUUGUGGGCGCGCACUUGCGGCUUCUACCAGGCUUGUCUCGAUCAAGUGAUGAGGAGCUUCGGACUUGGACUCGGGAAACUCUCGGACGACACAAGGCGCCGCAGCAUGUGUUCGUCUUCGGCCAGGCGGGGGUUCCUCACACGGUACCGGUGACUGGGAGCGGAAAGGUGAGGAAAGUGGAACUGCGACAAAAAGCCAUAGCCUUGAUGGAAAAUCGAGGUCAACCUACACCAUGA